AUGAAUUCCGAUGCAGUCGUUAUUGAUACACAUUACAAUAAUUUACAUUUUUUUAUUGGUCUGGGUCUGGCGACAUCAUCCAGUAUAUUUAUAGGUUCCAGUUUUAUUAUUAAAAAAUUAGCCUUAAAAAAACUUAAUGAUCUAGGCAAUUUAAGAGCUUCGGCUGGAGGGUAUGGAUAUCUUAAGCAAUGGAUGUGGUGGUUGGGACUACUUACAAUGGUUGUUGGAGAAGGUGCAAAUCUGUUAGCUUAUGCAUUUGCACCUGCUGCUUUGGUAACACCACUGGGUGCUUUGAGUGUACUUGUGGCAGCUGUGCUAUCCUCUAAAUUUCUUAAUGAAAAAUUAAAUUUCAUUGGAAAGAUUGGAUGUUUCCUGUGUAUCAUUGGUUCUGUUAUAUUUGUGAUACAUUCACCAAAAACAGAAGAAAUUCAAGAGUUUUCAGAGCUGAAAAAUAAAAUAUUUGAUUUUUUAUUCAUUUCUUACGUUUUAACUAUUUCUGUUAUGACUCUAAUUAUAAAAAUUGUGUUUGUUCCUAGAUUUGGUAAUACCAAUGUUGUUGUAUACUUGUUAAUAUGCUCUGCUAUUGGAAGUUUAACUGUUGUAUUUUGUAAGGGAGUUGCUUUGGGUAUUAAAGAAACUGUUGAAGGAGGUGGUAAUAAUUUCACAAAUUACUUGUUUUGGUUACUUGUUGUGUUAUCUGCUUUAUGUGUAGUGGUUCAAAUGAAUUACUUAAAUAAGUCAUUGGACAUAUUUAACACUAGUGUAGUUACUCCUAUAUAUUAUGUAAUUUUUACUGUGUUGGUGAUUAUUUCAUCUGGCAUACUUUUUAAAGAAUGGGAACAAAUAUAUUUUGAAGACAUUUUAGGUUGCACCUGUGGUAUUCUCAUAUUGAUGAUAGCAGUGUUUAUAUUGAAUGCUUUUAAAGAUGUUAACUUAUCUUUUAAGGAUAUAAACUUAAAUGCUAGAAGAAGGACGUCUAAUAAUGGUGUUGAAACAUCACAUAAUUAUGUGGUUAAUUUUCAAAGAACAAGGCAUUAUCAAAGUACAAAUUAA